AUGUCCAUUUCGUCGCCCUCUCCUGCCAAGGUCAGCCUUCCCCCCCUGCCAUUGCCUCCGGGCAUCUCGGAAAACUAUGUCUAUUGCAGCCCCAAUGGCCUGACUGUCCAUAUUCUCGAGGCUGGCUACACUCCUGAACGAAACAAGCCAUUGAUUCUGCUGUGCCACGGAUAUCCGGAACUGGCCUUUUCGUGGAGAAAGGUCAUGCCUGCUCUGGCAGAUGCAGGCUACUACGUCGUGGCUUUCGAUCAACGUGGCUACGGGAGGACCACGGGAUGGGACGACUCCACUUUCGCCAAAACCGACUUGUCACAAUUCACCCCGACCAACCUUGUCCGAGAUGCCGUGGUAUUGGUGAAUGCCUUGGGGUAUCAAGAAGUCCACUGUGUUAUUGGGCACGACUUUGGAGCAGUGACGUCCUCCAUGUGCGCUUGGAUGCGGCCCGACUUGUUUAAAAGCGUGGUUAUGAUGUCGCAUCCGUUCAAAGAGCAUCCUGGACUUCCAUUCAACACGGCGCAUGGAGAGAGCGCUGAGACUACACCUCCAGUGGAUAUUCAAAGAGAACUGGCGAAGCUGCCUCAGCCAAGAAAACACUACAAGUGGUAUAAUUCGACUGCAGUAGCGGCUCUGCAAUGGGCUGUCCCCAUACAGGGUCUCCAAACAUUUCUCCGAGGCUAUCUACAUGUAAAGAGUGCCGACUGGGAAGGGAACGAACCUCAUCCCCUUGAAGGUUGGAAAGCCAGCGAACUAGCUAAAAUGCCUUACUACUACAUCAUGCCAUUACACUUGUCGAUGCCUGAGACCAUUGCCAAAAUGAUGGAGGGCGAAGACCUCAACAAGACUAAACGGUGGAUGUCGGACGAUGAUUUGGCUAUAUAUGUCCAGGAGUGGACACGGACUGGCUUCCAAGGUGGCCUAAACUGGUAUCGGACCGCAACCGACCCAGCCAAGAGGCGCGACCUCGAUCUCUUGGCAGGUAGGAAGAUUGAGUGUCCGGCAGUUUUUAUUUCAGGAGCCAAGGAUUGGGGCAACUAUCAGCAGCCUGGUGCUAUUGAAAACUAUCCAAAAUCUUGCACUCAGUUCAAAGGUGUCAAGUUCAUCGAGGGAGCGGGACACUGGCCGCAACAAGAGCAACCAGAGAAGUUAGUCAAAGAGAUCUUAGGAUUUCUUAAAAGUUUGUGA